UCAUAUCUAGCUCUGCCACUUCCCUUCGAGAAGGAAAGAGAGACAUUAGCAAAGAAAGAUAGUGGAGAGCAAUAGUGAAGAAGCAAAGAAAUGGCCCUAAUUUCCACUCAUAGCCCUUGGCUUUUCGUUUUUGGUCUUCUAGGCAACAUUUCCUCGUUUGUGGUUUUCCUAGCUCCAAUACCGACUUUCUAUCGGAUUUGGAAGAAGAAAUCAACCGAGGGCUUUCACUCUAUUCCAUAUUUGAUUGCCCUCUUCAGUGCAAUGCUUUGGAUCUCCUACGCCUUACUCAAAGCUGAUGCUUUCCUUCUCAUCACCAUCAAUGCUUUUGGUUGCUUCAUUGAGACCAUUUACAUUGUUUUCUACAUCACUUAUGCCCCAAGGAAAGCGAGGGUAAAAAAAUAAAUUUAUAUAUGUAUAAAAAGGGAAAAAAACAAAUAUUCUUGUUCUUUUUGCAAGAGAAUGAAUCUUACAUGUUGUCUAAUUAUCUUAAACUGAUAUUUGUAAAUGCAGAUAUUUACCUUGACAUUACUUCUUUUAUUAAAUUUUAUGGGAUUCU